AUGAGUUCGUCUAUUCUACAACAAAUUGUCCCAAGAGACAAUAACUCAGUUUCUGGCAGUCACCAGCAUGAUGCCUCAUUAGCAAAGGUUGUCCCAAACAUGACAAGAAACAUUAUUAGCGAGUUUCCGGGUGUUUCACUGAAAUCGUCAAAGCCAAUCACGAGAAUAGUAACUUCAAAAAAAUGGGUUUUACCUCCUCGUCCAAAGCCGGGUAGAAAGCCGAGUGCGGAUGUGCCGGCAACAAAGAGAAAGGCACAGAAUAGAGCAGCUCAGAGGGCAUUCAGAGAAAGGAGAGCCAAUAGAGUUACAGAGCUGGAAAAGCAGCUUAUGGAGUUGGAAAGAGAGAAGAGUAUCAAGGAAGGUGUUUUAACAAACACGAUAAAGACAGUUCAGAAUGAAAACUCACGCUUGAAAGAAGUAAUAGAGAGCAUGAACAAGCAGGUGAGCCGGAUGUCGAAGCAGAUGGAGUCAUUGAUUCAAGUUCAGGCUGCGCAAGAGAAGAUGAUCCAAACACAGAAGAGCGAGUUACAGCAAGCGAAAAAAGAUCUCAAGGCCAAGAGCUCUGUGCUAGCAACAAUGGCAGGCAGUAGGUUUGGAAAUCAGGGUGUGAAUGAGGACUCAGUUCCUAUUAGGAAAAGAAGAAGAGUGUCAAGAAAGUCUCCUGAUCAAUCAAGCAAGGACAUAGAGUUAGCUGAGGCUGCAGACACAAUGUUAAGGUUCAAAAACUCCGGCAGUGCAUCGGAUGAAUCUGGAAGCAGGUCGUCCUCUGCAUCACUUUCUGAUUUGUUGAAUAGGUUCAAACCUAUGGCGCCAGUUCCGUUGAAGAGCCGACACAGGUCAGUGGAUACUCGGACCGAAUUUAAAGAGAUUGAUUUUACAGGAAAGUUUAGGAGUCAUCAAAAAGUUCUUCCGAAAAUCACUAGUGCGGAACCCAAGCGUGUCAUUUCUGUGCAAACAAAGACUUCUACUGCAGAUUCGUCUGGUAAUUCAUCCACAGCUAAGAUCGAAUCAUAUACCGGAGCAGGGGAAAAUGCCGAUUUCGAAGAGUCUGUCAUCUCUCCAGAUGAAAAAUGUGGAUUCUGCUCAGAAGGCACUCCAUGUGUGUGCCGAGAAAUCGCAAACCAGAAGCAUGAUGCCGAAGAGCCAAAUAAUACGAAAUCUAAUACAAAUUUAGUGGUACCAAGCGGUGAUAGUUUGAGACAGGCUACGAGUUUCUCGGGAUCUGUUUCAAUUGCUCGAACAUCAAACGCUUCUUCCGUUUCUAAUGAGUUAGUUGAUAUUCAGAAAGCCAACAAGCAGGCAUCAGUUUGCACGGGUAAUCCUGGAUCAUGUCCGCAGUGCAUGAGUGAUCCUAUGUCGAGUCUUUUCUGCACGACUCUCGCUAAGAAUUCCAAAAAUGGCACUCCUUUAUCUGGAAGCUCAGAAUCAAGAUCAACCGCCUUAAGAAAGACUAUCCCGGCACCAAAAAUUGCUUAUGGACGAACCAGAAAGAUCAGUCAGGCUAGGCUUCCCUCGUUGGAAGAACUGGAACUUGAGAAUCCAGGAAGACAUUACAUUCCUUGCCCGGAUGCAUAUCGGAAACUAAGCAAGCACUCUAAUUUUAGGAGGGAAAGGCUGGGGAACAUUAUUAAUAAUUUAAACACCUCUGGAAUGUUCGUUGAGGUGGAAAGCAUUGGCAAAUGCCUCCAUCUACUUGAUCGCGAGUUUGGCAACAACUAA